UGCGAUACAUGAAGAAGAAUAAUCAAGAUAAUUAUCUUUGCACACGCCCUUCAAAAAAGGCACUCGAGAACCCCAUAGAUGACAAUGCGCUCCACGUCACGAUAGCCAGAACAAAUCCAUCUUCAAAAUGCCAGCACCAGGCGAUCCCUCCACCGCCCCUCCUCCCCUCCGCUUUACCGGGCACGAUGCCCUUCCCACCCGCCUCCUCCUCUCCACCCUAACCGGCCGCUCCAUCCACAUCUCCCAAAUCCGAUCCAAGUCCCGCUCGGCACCCGGUCUUCAAUCCUACGAAAUCUCCCUCCUCCGUCUCCUCACCUCGCUCACCAAUGGAACCCACGUCGAAGUUAGUAUGACGGGGACGAGCCUCCUCUACCGGCCGGGGCUCAUCAUCGGAACGCCGCCGGGCUAUGGCGCGGAUGGGUCGGGCGUGCUGCGGCUGGACAUCGAGGCGCCGCCAAGCACGGAGAGGAGGGGGAUCAGCUAUUGGGCGCUGCCGGUGUGCCUGCUUGCGCCGUUCGCGAAAUCCCCCGUGAAUGUCAUCUUGGGCGGACCGGGAGUGAUCACGGGCGCAACGGAGAAGGACAUUAGUAUCGACACCGUCAGGACGGGGGUGUUACCGCUCUUCGAACGAUUCGGGAUCCGCGGCGACGUGGAAAUACGGGUAUUGAAACGCGCCUGCCGGGGAGGCGUAGGGGGCGGUGGAGGCGGUGAAGUGCAGAUUGUGUUUGGGAAGAUUGCACAGGUCCGGCUCCCGAAGACGGUCCAUAUGAUGGUGCCAGGCCGAGUCCGACGGGUAAGAGGCGUGGCAUAUGGGGUGGGGAUUGGAGGCGGCAGCAAUGCGAGGAUGAUCGAGGUCGCACGGGGAAUUUUGAACCCGCUCUGUCCAGACACAUACGUAUACUCGGACGUCGCAUCGGCGCCUUUCCUAGGAGGUGGAAAUCAACAAGGAAAAGGAGGCGGAAAGAGAACUGGAUUGGGCUUCGGGCUUUCACUGGUGGCGGAAACAUCGUCUGGGGCCUUGUACUCGGCCGAUUGCGCCUCUCCGUCUGAAGGAGGCGAAACACCGGAAGAGGUGGGGCGGAAGGCCACCCACCAGUUGUUGGAAGUCAUCAGUCAAGGUGGCUGUCUCUCGAAAACGACGGCACCUCCCUUCCUACUCCUCAUGGCGAUGGGGUCGGAAGAUGUGGGCAGAGUGUGCAUGGGAAAAGGCGUGAUCGGAUCGGAAGAAGUCAUUGCUCUUGGAAGGGACCUCAGGUCAUUUGGUAUGAAUGCUUGGGGCAUGAGAGAUGCCGACGAUGAGGACACGGUGAUUGUCAGUGUCGUAGGCAAAGGAGUGGGCAACGUCGGACGGAAAGUAGCUUGAUACCCUGUACAGUUUGUACAAUCUGAAUUCGAUUUGGUCGAAUGAACUUUUUAUGUUUCGCCGGAGCACCCUGUGGUAUUUGACAAUGAAGUCGACUGUUUAAUCCAUCGAUUGGCAGCAGAAAUUGAACCACUCCGGUUUCGUCGGGGUGGUCGUUGUGGUCGUCCGGAGCAGCUCUGCGUCCAAGCGCAACACAGCUCAACGAACGUGUUUCUGACGCGUUUCCCUGAACUUG